CAGGUAAGCGCUCCGCUUCUCCUCUCACGACGCGCACAGCUCCGCCAAACGCUCCCCGGCGGCGGCGCGGACACCCCGCUCCACGUCGGCCCAGUAACUUUUUGUGCGCCGCCUGUUUAGGAAACCUGGCUAGCUUGAGGCUAACUCGGCUAACCGUCAGUCGGCAGCUCGGUGUCACACACACACACACACACACACACACACACGCACACUUAUAUACGUACACGCACGCGCACGUGCACGCAGCUGGAUGUUUGGGAGCCACCUGACAACCGCUCACAUGACUCCAGCUGGCUCCUCACACACCGAGCAGAUUCCCUGAGCGCGCUCUGCUGUGUUUCCUGAGGUGUCGAGGAGAUCCACAAACAACAACAACAACAACAGCAGCAGCAGCAGCAUGUUUGGGAGGAAGAAGAGAGCAGCUCAGCCCAGAGGCCAGGGAGCUGCUGCAGCCAAGCAGAUGGGUCUGUUCAUGGACCCCGAGGACAUGAUGGGGAUGGAGGAGAACCUUGACGACCCGGACCUGGAGGCUGAACUUGAUGCCAUCACCGGAAACAAAGCUGCUGCAGGAGGGAGGAACAGGCCCAAGGGGAAAAGUCCUCUGCCCAUGGAAGACAUCGCCCGGAUGGCUGACGAGUGCAUGAGAGACGUGGACGACGACGAAGACGACGAUAAUGUCGAGGAUGACGAAGACUUGCUGGCGGAGCUGCAGGAAGUGGUCGGUGAGGAGGAGGAGGAGGCCGAGGAUGUUUCCUCCUCCUCGUCCGCCGUCACGGAGCCUUCUCAAUCUGAGACAGCCGAGUCUCCAGUGUCGCAGCAGCAGGAAGCCAAAGCGUCCUCGGCGUCCUCGGCGUCCUCGGCGGCCCCCGGCACCCUGCAGCACACCCUGGAGGAGAGAGCCGCCAUGUACAGGACGGCCCUGCACAACGCCAAGACCUCAGGGGAGACCUCCAAAGCCAGGAGAUACGACCGGGGCCUGAAGACUUUGCAGUCGAUGCUGGCUGCAGUGAAAAAAGGUCGGCCCGUGAACGAGGCGGAGAUUCCUCCACCUGUGGCCACUGGAGCAGCGACCGCCGCCGCCCCGACCGCCCCGCCGACCGCCGCCGCCUCGAAGCCCACCGUUCCUGCGAGACCGCCACCUGCUGUGCCUCCCCGGCAAAAGCCGGCCUCGUCCCCGCCGCCCGCGGUGCCGGUCGUCGUCACGCCGAGCGGCGAGGAGGAGCCGUCGCCCUCGGAGACCCCGCCCCCUCCGAGCGGCCUGCCAACUCCAGAGGAGCCGACCGAAGAAGCAGCCGGGCUCUCGGCGAGCGGUCAGACCAGCGCCAACGAUGCGACGAAGACGAUGCUCCUGGAGCGGCAGAAAGAGUACAAGAUGGCCGCUCUGAGAGCCAAGAAGCAUGGAGACGUGGAGCAGGCCAGGGUUUUCCUCAAGACCAGCAAGAGGUUCGACGCGGUGGUCGAGGCUCUGGAACAGGGGCAAGCGGUGGAUCUGAGCGGCCUGCCGCCUCCUCCAGCUCAGGGAGGAAGCCCGGCCUCAGAGAGAGAAUCUGCCUCGGGGCAAAACGCUCCGGUCACCAAACCGGCCGCCGCGGCUCCAGCUCCCGCCGCCGCCUCGACCCCCGCGGCCCCCAAGGACGUGCUGGAGGCCCUGGAGCAGAGACGAGCCAAGUACGCCGAGGCGUCCGCCCAGGCCAAGGCCGCCGGCGACGACCGCAAGGCCCGCAUGCACGACCGCAUCGCCAAGCAAUACCAGAGCGCCAUCCGGACACACAAGUUGGGAAAACCGGUCAACUUCGACGAGCUGCCGGUUCCUCCGGGUUUUCCCCCGAUCCCCGGUCAGAAGGCGGCCGGCGCCGAGCAGGGCUUCAUCAGCGCGCUGGAGACGGCCAGCAAGCUGGCCUCCGCCGACCUGACCGCGGCUGCAGACGAAGACGACGACGAAGAGUCAGCACCUUCCGAGCCAGAGCAGCCGAGAAAGCCGUCGCUGGACGCCGCCUCGGCCGGCCGGGCCGGGAAGACGUCCCCGUCAGCCUCCCCCGACAGGAGCAGCGCCGCAGGAGGACUCUCGCCCACAGCGCUGCAGCAGCUUCACUUCCUGGAGGGCCGGAAGAAGCAGUACCUGAAAGCAGCGCUGCAGGCCAAGCAGAGGAACGACAUGGAGCAGGCCAAGGCCUUCCUCCGCACCGCCAAGGGCUUCGACCCCAUGAUGGAGGCGGCGCGCAGCGGCCAGGCGGUGGACAUCAGCACGGUGCCGUCGCCCCCCGGCGACGAGGACGAGGACUUCAUCCUGGUCCAUCACAGCGACGUGCAGAUCUCUGAGAAGGCCGAGGAGGUCUACGCUCAGCUGGUCAAGAUCCUGAAGGAGCAGCGCGAGAAAUGUUUGACUCACUCCAAGCAGUUCACCCACCUGGGGAACGUCGGCGAAACUACAAAGUUUGAGAAAAUGGCAGAAAGCUGUAAGAAGAGUCUGGAAGUGCUGAAGCUGGCUCAGUCCAGAGGCCUGAAUCCCCCGAAGCAUCACUUCGAGGAGAGGUCGUUUCACACCGUCAGGAUCUUCCCCGAGCUGAGCAGCACUGAGAUGGUCGUUGUUAUCGUGAAGGGGAUGAACCUUCCUGCUCCCAGUGGAAUCCAGACCAACGACCUGGACGCCUACGUCAAGUUCGAGUUCCCCUACCCGAGCGCGGAGCAGCCGCAGAAACACAAAACGGCCGUCGUCAAGAACACCAACUGCCCCGAAUACAACCAGAGCUUCACGCUGUCCAUCAACCGGAACCACCGGGGCUUCAGGAGAGUGGUGACGUCCAAAGGCCUCAAGCUGGAGCUGCUGCACCGAGGAGGCUUCCUGCGGAGCGACAAGCCCAUCGGCUCGGCCCUGGUGAAGCUGGACAAGCUGGAGUCUCUCAGCGAGAUCAGGGAGAUCGUGGAGGUGAUGGACGGCCGCAAAGCCACCGGCGGGCGCCUGGAGGUGAAGGUUCGACUCCGGGAGCCCCUGAGCGGCCAGGACAUGCAGACGAGCACCGAGCGCUGGCUGGUCAUCGACCCGUCGCAGGUUCUCGUCUGAAAGCUCCUGAAAAGCCCCAGAGCGUCACCAGACUGAAGGCGGUCGGCGGCGAGCAGGAGGAGGCGGACGACGACGACGUGUUGGAUACGCUGGACUCGAACCGACUCGGGUCUUCAACUUGUGACUUUUGCAACGUUUUGCACGACAUGGCGAGCUCCCUCUCCAGCAGAGGGGAUCUCUCAGGUGACCUUCGCUGGUCGCUCAGUCCUAUACCCCAGACCGAGCGUCCUGCUCCUCGUCGCUCGGCGCCGGCUCUCCAGCUGCACCUAUGCACUAAUACCAAAGUAAUCACUGUUGCUGUAAAAUCCUGCGUAUUUGAAAUCGCCUUUAGCUGCCAAAACACGCCGCCGGACGGGUGUGUGUGACCGUAUCCGCCCAGCCUGGACCGAAAGAGGAGGAGACGACGCUGCACCCGGUCCCGACACGCUCAUUUAAGUUCUACUGAACGUGUUCACUGGGAGAACACACUCGCUCUGCAGGCUUCAGGCCACACGGAUCCGUUCACACCGGCGAGCACAAAGCUGAAAGCAGAACCAGGCCGGAGCCGCGCCGGCCGGAGGACCGUCACCAACAGAUUCCCCUUCCCAGCCUGCCUCCCAGGACGUGAGAGUCAGGACAGCUGCUUCCCCGCCUCCCCUCUUUAAGCUAACAUUGACACACACACACACACACACACGUCUCGGAUUAAACGAGUUUAAAGCACUCGUCAGUCCUCACAGGUGCAUCUCAGAAAUUCACUGAAUCGUUUCUACUCUGUCGUUUUCAUUUGCUGCCGUGUGAUUGGUCAGUUCUCCGGUUACAUCACUAUGGCGUUCCUAACAAAGUGCUGCUAGCUGUUCACACACACACUCACACACACACACACACACAUAUAAAUCCAGAAUAAUUAAAAUAAGUGGUUAAAUAAUAUAUAUUUCUAAAACACAGAUAGUUAGAAACCACAGAAAAUAUGUCGAUUGAAAUUCUAAAAGAUGAAAAGUUUUGGUUUUGUUUGUGUU